UACUUAUCCUUCAGCAACAAAAAGACCUUUACCAAAACUUAUUGCGAAUGGUGAGGGAUAUAAAAAGCAAAGAACAUGUUAUUUGACAUUUAUUGAACAAGAUUCAGUAGAUCGCUUAGAGAUGAACUUAAAGCACAAGCAGAUUUUCCAUCUAUGGGAUCUUGAAACUCUGUAUGAAGAGUCACUGAAACUCAUGAUUCCUAAAGGCCCACCAUUGCCACCACCACUUAGGUCAUUUGGAUCACAAAUAGAACCUGUACAUAUGGAAACGACUUUUAUUGAAGAAGAAGCUAGAGACAGACUAGAAUGGCAUAUUACACAGAAAAAACUUCAGCACCAUUGGGGUUUGCCAUUAUUUAUUCAGACAUCCCAUGAAGCAUUCAUACCACAUGCUCCAAAGCUGAUUCUGUCGCAGCUAAAUCCGCGGCUUGAUUUUGUGCCACUUACAAUUCCAAUGGAUUUGGUGUUUCUCACUGAUGAACAUAGGAAAUUAUUGGAAAUGAUUACAAAGAAGAAGAUAAUAAAUCGCAAAUGGGGACUUCCUACACUUAUUGAGUUUUCUUUAAGAAAUUUCAUGGCUGUUUUUCCAUCAAAAGAGGACCGUGCGUUACUGUUCGAAUUGGAAGAAAGCAAAACCACAUCCAGUGACACUGGUAGAGCAAGUAACAAUCAAACAGUUCUUCAGGAAUCAUUACUGCAGGCCAAAAGAGGACAAAUGGCAUUACAAUAUAAAAUUGGUAGCGAAAGCAUAAAGUUAAAUAAAACAGCAGAAGCCACUAUUUUCGCUCAUCUCAAACCAGAAUGUCAAGAUAAAAUAACCAUGUGCUUAGUAAAACAGUCGCUAGAAAUUAAAAUGAAUUGCUUGCCAGAAAUAGUAAAGCAGUUGUACAAAGGUAAUUAUCCUCCAGUAUCAAAGAAACCCUUAAUGAAGAUUAUUGCACCUGGCGAAGGAUUUAAAAAGCCAAGAUCAUCGUAUAUAUGUUUUAUUGAACAGGAUGCAGUUGAUCGCAUAGAACUGAACUUAAAGCACAGACAAAUUUCCAAUCUCUGGGGCGUUUCAACUCUCUAUGAAGAGUCAAUGGAAAUUAUGAUUCCAAAAGGACCACCUGUUCCUCCAGCAAUUAAGUCAGCUGUAGUCCGAAGAGAUCCUGUCGAUACAGAAACAACAUUCUUUGAGGAAGAAGCCAGAGAUAUUCUGGAAAGACACAUUACACAGAAGAAACUUCAGCACAACUGGGGAUUACCAUCGCAUGUUCAAAGAUCGCUGGAAGCAUUCAUUCUACCUGCUCCAAAACUAAUUCUAUCCCAUUUAACUGUCCAGCCUGAAUUUGCAAUAAUGGUUGUUCCAAAUGAAUUGGCAUUUGUUAGUGCUGAACAUAAGAAAAUCUUGGAGCUGAAUACGAAGAAAAGGAUAAUAAAUUGCAAGUGGGGUCUUCCCAAACUUAUUCAAAUGUCUUUGAGUAUCUUCAUGGCUCCUGCUCCAGUGAUGUACAGUAACAUUGAUGAGGGAAAUAAAAGAACCAAAAUGGUUCCUCAACCUCAUCAAUGUAAAGGUACAUUUCCUCAGAACAAAAAAAGGAAGUCAAUUCCACAAUACGAGAAGGAAUGCAAAAGCAUAAAGAAAAUAGAAAAGGGAUUGCUUUUUGAUGGUCUCAAGCCAGAAUAUAAAGAUAAUCUACACAUGUGCCUGAUAAAACAAAAUUUAGAAAUUAAAUUGGAGUACUUACCUGAAAUGGUCCAACUGUUAUACAGAAGUACUUACCCAUCAGCAUCAAAGAAACCUUUGCCAAAACAUAUUGUAAGUGGCGAAGGAUUUAAAAAAACAAGACCAAGCUAUUUGCCAUUUAUGGAACAGGAUAGUAUUGAUCGAAUAGAAAUGAAUUUAAAACACAGGCAAAUUAUCCAUCUCUGGGGGCUUGAAACUGAGUAUGAAGAGUCAAUGGAAAGGAUGAUUCCCAAAGGGCCAUCCUUACCUCCAGUAAUUAAACCAAGUGGUGCUCAGAUUGAACCUAUGGCUAUGGAAAUAACUUUCAUUGAUGAUGAAAGUAGAAAUAGACUAGAAUGGCACGUUACACAGAAAAAACUUCAGUACAACUGGGGAUUACCAUUAGAUUUUCAGAGAUCACUGGAAGCAUUCAUUACACCUGCUCCAAAACUAAUUCCAUCGCAGCUAAAUCAACAGUCUCAUUUUGUUAGUGUUUUUUCGCCACCUGAACUGAACUUCAUAAGCUAUGAACAUCAAAAAAGACUGGAGUUCAAUACAAGAAAGAGGAUAAUAAAUUAUAAAUGGGGUAUUCCCAAAGCUAUUCAGGCCUCUUUAAGAAAUUUUAUAGUUCCUCCUCCAUCAAUUAAUGGUUUUUUGCCUCAGAGAGAAUUGGUGGAAAGAAACUCUACAACUUCAAAUCUCAUUAAUUUCGGAGGUGGAAACAUAGAUACUCCUCUGUGCAAAAGAGGAAACAUGUGGUCAAAACAAACCGGAAGAGAUAGUGGAAUCAUAAAAUUGAACCAUACAGGAGUGUUUCGUCUUCCUGCCCUGAGACCAGAAUUCAGAGAUAAGCUAAACGUGUCCUUAAUAAAACACUGUCUUGAAAUUAAAAUGUUUUUUUUCCCAGAAAUGGUAAACAUGUUAUACAAAGAUACCUACCCUCCAGCAUCAAAAAAAUCUUUGCCAAAGCUUGUUGCACCCGGUGAUGGAUUUAAAAAGGCAAGAUCAUCUUAUGUACCUUUUAUUGAACAGGAUUCUGUUGAUCGCUUGGAGCUGAAUUUAAAACACAGACAGAUUACAAAUCUCUGGGGACUUGAAACAGUACAUGAAAAAUCAAUGGAAUUGAUGAUUCCUAAAGGGCCACCUUUACCUCCCACAAUUUUGGCAAGUGGAACUCAAGUUGAACAUGUGGGUAUGGAAACACCAUUCAUUGCAGAUCAAACCAGAGAUAAUCUCGAGAGACACAUUACACUGAAAAAACUUCAGCAGAACUGGGGUUUACCGUUACAUGUUCAGAGAUCCCUUGAAGCAUUUAUGAGCCCUGCUCCAAAAUUGAUUCCAUCCCAGCUAAAUCCACAGCCUGGUUUUGUGAUAGUUGUUGUUCCAGCUGAUCUGCCAUUUCUUAGGAAUGAAUAUAGGAAAACACUCGAGAUGAAUACAAAGAAAAAGAUCAUAAAUCGCAAAUGGGGUCUCCCAAAGCUCAUUCAACUAUCUUUAAAGAACUUUAUGCCUAAAGCUCCACAAAUUGCAGUUCUCAUGCUUCACUCACAAAUGAUAGUAGAAAGACCAAUGAUGGUCGUUCCUUAUCCAGGUGGUGUUCUAAUUAAAAGAGGAAAAUUAUCAUUAUCGAAAUAUCACAGAGCCAGAAGCAUAAAAUCAAAAAAGAAUGGGGAGGUGAAUUAUUUUGAUGGUCUCAAACCACGAUGUAAAGGUAAACUAGAAAUCUGCUUGACUAAACAGCAACUAGAAAUUAAAAUGGAAUAUUUGCCUGAACUGGUAAAACAGAUGUACAGAAGCACCUAUCCUCCAGUAUCAAAGAAACGUUUACCAAAGUUUAUUGCAUCUGGUGAAGGAUUUAAAAAAGCCAGAUCAACCUAUAUACCUUUCAUUGAGCAGGAAGCUAUUGACCACUUGGAGUUAAACCUAAAACACAAGCAGAUUUUGAAUCUUUUGGGACUUCCGACUUUGUUCGAAAUAUCUACUGAAAUGAUGAUCUCCAAAGGACCCCCUGUGCCUCCAGCAAUCAUAGCAAGUAGAGUACAAAUAGAGUCUAUGGGAAUGGAAACAAUCUUCAUUGAAAAUGAAAAGAAAGAAAAACUUGAAUGGCACAUUACACAGAAAAAACUUCAACUCCACUGGGGUUUACCACUACAUCUUCAAAGAUCAUUGGAAGCAUUCAUUCCCCCUGCUCCAAAAUUAAUUCCAUCUCAGCUAAAGUACAAGCCUAAUUUUGUCGUAGUUAUCACCCAUUCUGAGUUGACAUUUCUUAGUGAGGAACAUAUGAAGAAACUGGAGUUGAAUACUAGGAAAAAGAUCAUAAAUCAAAAAUGGGGUCUCCCUAACAUAAUUCAAUCAUCAUUAAAGAAUUUUAUGAGUCCUGCUCCAAGAAACAUCGACUUCAUACUGCAUUCAAAAAAUGUUGAAGGUAACAAGGCUAUGUCCAGUAAUACUGAUACAGUUAAGAAUUUGAAGACGUUUUCUCAGGGCACAUUCUUGGGACUCAAAGGAGGAAAAUUACCUUUACUGCAAUAUGAAAGCGACAGUAAAAACAUAAAAUUGCGCAAGUUAGCAGAAAUAUCUGCUAACUUCAAACCAGAGUAUAAAGCUAAACUGGAUAUAUGCCUGACAAAGCAAUGUCUGGAAAUUAAAAUGUACCAUUUGCCUAAACUGGUAAUGGACCGCUACAAAAAUACCUAUCCUUCAGGCACAAAUAAAUAUUUACCAAAACUUAUUGCUCCUGGGAAAGGCCAUAAAAAAUCAAGACCAUGGUAUAUUCCUUUUAUUGAGCAAGGUGAUAUUGAUCAUAUAGAGAUGAACUUAAAGCACAGACAGAUUUUAUAUCUUUGGGGACUUGAAACUCUGUAUGAGAAGUCAAUGAAAAUGUUGAUUCCUAAAGGACCACCUGUAAACCCGCCAAUCAAGGCAAGAGGAAUUCAAAUAGAACCUGUCGGUGCAAAAGCAAUGUUUAUUUCUGAUGAAGUCAGGAACACUCUAGAAUGGCAUAUUUUGCGGAAGAAACUUCAGCUGACCUGGGCCUUACCGUUAUAUUUCCAAAAUUCAGCACAGGCAUCUGUGCCCUCUGCUCCCAAACUGAUUUUAUCCCAACUCAAAUCACAUCCAGAAUUUGAUAUAAUUGUUCCUGCAAUUGAGGUGUCAUUUAUUAGUGAUGAUCAUAAGAGAGUGUUGGAGAUAAAUAUAAAGAAAAAGAAUGUAAAUCACAGAUGGGGCCUCCCCAGGCUUAUUCAGUCUUCAUUAAAUGAAUUUAUGGUUCCUCCUCCACCAAUAAAAGAGUUCAUGAUGCACUGUAAAAUUACAGAAGAAAACAUCAGAAGCAAUGAUUUAUCAAAGAAUUUUAAAAUAAAUUUUCCUCAGGAAACAUUCAUUCUGAACAAAGGACAAAAAAGAAGUUUAGAAGACUGUUUUAGGGAAAGCGUCAAAAUGAAUAAGAUAGGAGUGGUGUCUCCUAUUACUAGAUUUAAACCAGAGAGCAAUGAUAAUCUAGGUGUCUGUUUAAUAAAACAGAGCUUAUAUAUAAAAAUGGAUUGCUUGCCUGAAAUGGUAAUCGGGUUAUAUAAAGAGUCCUAUCCUCCGGCAUCAAAGAGACCUUUACUGAAGGUUAUAGCACCUGGCAAAGGAUUUAAAAGACCAAGAUUACUAUAUAUUCCAUUUGCUGAACAGGAUAUUGUUGAUCGCUUGGAGAUGAACUUAAAGCACAAACAGAUUUAUAAUCUCUGGGGUCUUGCUACUCCAUAUGACAAAUCAAUAAAGAUGAUGAUUCCUAAAGCACCACCUUUGCCUCCUGCAAUCAAAGGAAGUGGAUUUAAAAUUGAACCAACAGGUAGGAAAACGGCAUUUGUACCUAAUGCAAUCAGAAAUAUUCUAGAAUGGCAUAUUACACAGAAAAAACUUCAACACAACUGGGGCUUACCAUUACAUCUGCAAAGAUCAGCAGAUGCUUUCAUACUGCCUCCUCCAAAACUGAUUCCAUCCCAGCUAAAUUUAUGCCCUAAUUUUGAUAUCGUUUUUUCUGGAAAUGAAUUAGUAUUCCUCAGUGAAGAGCAUAAAGAAACCUUGGAAUUAAAUACAAGGAAUCGGAUCAUAAAUCACAGGUGGGGACUCCCUAAGAUUAUUCAGACUUCUUUAAAUAGCUUCAUACCGCCUGCUCCAUCUGUACAGGAUGUCAUGCGUCUGUUAAAACCUGAAGAAGUAUGUGUGGAAACAUUUAAUAAAGCUGAUCUAAGCAAACAUUAUGCAGCUUUCCCUUCAGAACAAGCUCCGCUGAAGAUGAAUACAAUUUCUUCAGCAGAAUGUAAACUUAUCAGGGAAAAUUGCUGUUUGAAUAAUUCAGAAGGAGUUUCUGUCAGUGUAAAACUUGAUGCUAAAGAUGAGCUGGAUAUAGAAAUGAAAUCAAUAUUGAAUAAAUCUUCCUUUCCAACACCAGAUAAAACAUUACUAAAGUUGGAUGCCCCUUGUAGAGGAUUGAAGAAACAAAAUUUACAGUGCAAGAACAGUGACAAUUGUCUCACAGUAGAUUGUUCCGUAACCUCACCUAAUUAUAGACUGAAAUCCAUGAGAACAGUGGAUUCAGCAGCUUUGACAGGACAGAAGUUGGCUGAUUUGGCAUACAAACCAAUGACUGUAGUGGGACUUUCUCUAGGUCCAGCAGUAAUAGGAGCAAAUCUGCCUUCAUCUCACGUAACUGUACAGGAAGAGCUCAAUAUUUAUCUCAAACAAAAUAUUAUGAAUUCUGUUUUAUCGCCACGUCCUGUUUCUUAUGCAGAUUGUGAAGAAAUUUUAGCAAAAAAUGCAAGAGAAGGCGGUAAAACUAUGCAAAAUGGAUUCUGCUCAGAACGACAGUGUAAAAAUCAAUUGAGUGAGGAAACAAAAAGGCAUAUUCAACAGGAUGAAGAACAUGGAUUUUGUAAAAUAAUUGCAGGUGGUAGUGUUAAAAAUAAGAAGGAACAAGAAAAAGUGCAUGUUGAUUUAUCAGAAAUCAUGCAAGGCCAGCCAUCGCAUGCAGGAGUUUGUGAAACUGAGCAAGAAGGAUUAGUUAUUUCACCUCAAGAGGCAGACGAUGGAAAUUACUUGAGUGUUUCUGAUGAGGAACUCCAUGGUGCUUAUGGUGAAAAUCUGAAUAAAUCCUAUCAUACUUCUAGAUUAAAUGUUGUGAAGAAAAAGUAUAAGAAAACCUUGCACAGUCGUUUCCCAAAUCAAACAAAAACGGAUAGAAUUUUGGUCAAAUCAAAGGUUAAAUUUUCAAAGCAAGAGCGUCCAAGACCAAAAACAUUUAAACAAGAGGAUAGAAGAAAAAAAAAAUGCAAUAAACGUCGUCUUUUGGUCAGUCCAACUGAAGAACUGCAAAACGUGGUUCAAAUGACCUUCAGUUCAGAAAAUGACCAAAACGAGAGAGCUCAUUCUUACACCUCACAUUGUCACAGACCAGAGAGCCCAGGGACAACAAGCGUAUCUUCUCAUAGUCCUAGACAAAAUGAGAGGUCAUCACAAAGCUCUGCAUCACAAAGAAUUUGUAGUUUAGCAUGUCAGGAGGCUUUGUCGUCUGAGGAUUCUCAGUUCACUCCGAAUGAAGCCUAUUACCAGUGCGAGAGUCCAUUGUUCCCACAAGCAGUACACUAGGACUAAAGAAACCA